CAUUGAUAGGUGGCACUGACUGGCACUGAUGGGUGACAUUGAAAGGCAGCUCAGAUAGGCACUGAUAUGUGGCAUUGAUGUGCACUGGUAGGCAGGCACUGAUAUGUGGCAUUGAUGUGCACUGGUAGGCACUGAUAUGUGGCAUUGAAGUGGCACUGAUGGGCACUGGUACAUGGCACUGAUGAGCACUGACAGGUGGCACUUCUGGGGCUACACUGAUCAUCAGGGCACACUGAUCAUCAGUGCCCUGAUGAUCACUGUCAGUGUGACAGCUCGAGAGGAGAGAAAUGCCGAUAACCGGCAUUUCCGUGUUUACAUGUGAUCAGCUGUGAUUGGA